UUGAGCUUCCUGUCAUCUCGACAGGAUGAUAAAUUCCGUGAAGGGCUUCACUUCCCUUUUUCGCCCACAGCGUCGGAAGCGGCAUCCUCGGCCCGGCCGCCAGCCCGGGGAAAGGGCCCUGAGCUCUGUCAGAAGGACGCCGGACGCGGCUGCCCAGGAACAGUUUAAUCAGUUAAUUCUUUUGGAUUCUGUCAUCCAGUAUAUUUAUCAUCUCUCCCAGAUCUGUAUCACCCAAAAUUUUAUGCCUUUAUCCAAGGCAAGACCACCUCAGCAUGGGCAUGAGUAGCUUGAAAGCACUGAAAUAUGUGGUAUUUUUCUUCAACCUGCUGUUCUGGGUCAGUGGAUGCACCAUUUUGGGCUUCGGGAUCUACUUCUUGAUCAGUAAUAGUUUUGGAGUCCUGUUCUACAACCUUCCCUUCCUCACCGUGGGCAAUGUCGUCGUCAUUGUGGGGUCCAUCAUCAUGGUGGUUGCCUUCCUGGGGUGCAUGGGCUCGAUUAAGGAAAACAAGUGCCUUCUCAUGUCGUUCUUCAUCCUGCUCCUAUUCAUCCUUUUGAUUGAAGUGAUUGUGGCCAUCCUGCUCUUUGUGUAUGAACAGAAGAUCGAUGAAUACGUGGCUAAUGACCUGAACCAGAGUAUCCGACGCUACAAUUCUGAUAACAACACCAAGAUGGCAUGGGAUGGAAUCCAGCAGUAUCUAGAGUGCUGUGGUGUUAAUGGCACGAGCAACUGGAAUGGUGCCCCCCCGGAAUCUUGCCCCAAAGAUGAGGAUGUAAAGGGAUGCUACAUGAAAGCAAAAUUAUGGUUUCAUUCAAAUUUCCUGUAUGUUGGAAUCCUUAUCAUUGGUGUAUGUGUCAUCCAGGUGCUCGGGAUGUCCUUUGCACUGACCCUCAACUGCCAGAUUGAGAAAAACAGCCAGUCUCUUGGAAUAUGACCAGAACUAUCCAAGCUGGACGAGGGACUCCGUGACCGUGGAACAAGCUCCCCUGCUGGAAACCCUUCCUGCAUCCUCCUUCUGGACACAAAUCCUUGAGUCACCACGCUCAGAAAUGGCUGCUUGGCUCUCCGUUGCUGCUUCUCUCAGCCUUGCUCUGCCUCCUCCUCCAACCCAAGCAACUGGUGCAGAAUGGAUUAUGGGUCAGUGGGAAUAAAGCUCAUUGGGCCCCCCAUGAUCCUGGGAACUGGGAAGACUUGGCGGGUGCUGAAGGCCAAGAGAAGCUCAGAGCUGAGAAUUCAGGCUGACAAUUAUUUGCUCAGCGUUUCCCACCAAUGCCAACUCAUUUUUUCACCUUAUAAGCACUGACUGCGCGCCAGACAUUGGGGCACAAAGCGCCAUGGCGGCCUUUGGAUGUGAAUGGUCUGGCUCUCCUCUAAGCAGAAAAAAAAGGAGGGAGUCUGAAAGGUCCCAGCUUUCUCCAAGCCCUCUCCCUCCAGCCCCCUCACACUCAACCCACUUUAUCCAGGGUAAAGACUCAAGAUGUCCAAUGCAAGCAUCCCUCCCCUCCCAGGCAAAGAGAGCCUGAGUAGAGUUCCAACACAAAACCUUCCAGAGCCUCAGCAGGGCAGCCUUCCGCCCUUGGCUAGAGGGCCUAAGCUGAGGAGGAAGACGUGUGCUCCUCCUCUGAAAGCAGAGACUUGGGCUGUGCUCAGGCCCCUUUGUCAGAGGGCCAAGCCCAUUUCCCCCAAAUACUUCUGGAAUAAUUUCUUUUUUGAUUAAACUUUCACCAACCAGCCAAUGGGUCCUCCUGUUGUUCCUCUGAAGAAAAUGAAAAAUUCAGCGUCCUACCUGGAAUACAGAUCUCUUCAUCUCUGCUAAAGUAAUAUCAGAUAUCACAUCAAGAAAUAAUUUGUUGAUAUUUCUAUGUUUUGUCUAUUAACCAAGGAUUUCUUUGUGUGUUCUCCCACUUGCAAUAAAUUAAAUGCUCCAAA